AUGAAUUACACAAUACUGUAGUAGGUUACACAAAAUGCUGGCAAAUGGUCACAGAUGGACAAGAUGCUGUCGGAGAGUGUUAAAUUCGGUUCAAGUUGCAUCGAGCACAACGAUAGGCGUUCGACGAAUAUUGUACCCAAACAGUAGCACUGCAGCACAAUCGUAUCGAGGCAAGAAAGAUGAUAGUCGAUUGUUUACUCCAAUUCCGAUACGACCUAGCCCGGACGAUAUCAAUGUCGGUGCCGAGCUGACCGGUGUGUUGGAUAAGGCAGAAAUGUUGAAGGUGAUACUAAAGUUCAGCAAUCGGAAAGAAAUCAAGUUUCUUUGUCUGGAAAAUGGCAUCGAUUCCAAUCUUCAACAGCAAGCCUUUAUCAGUUUUCGGAAGUACUGUCUCGAAACGGAUGCCCUACCGGCCGAUCUACACGUCGUGCUCAGCGACAUACUGCAGGGAGCGGGUCACGUUGAUGACAUCUUCCCAUACUUUUUGCGCCACGUUAAGCAAAUUUUCCCACACCUCGAGUGUAUGGAUGAUUUGAAGAAAAUAUCGGACCUUCGGCAACCGGCCAACUGGUACCCGAAUGCGCGCGGCAUGAACCGGAAGGUAAUUUUUCACUCCGGUCCAACCAAUUCGGGCAAAACGUACCACGCAAUGGAGCGUUUCCUCACUGCCAAAUCGGGUGUAUACUGUGGACCGCUAAAAUUGCUGGCCAGCGAAGUGUACAACAAGAGCAAUCAGCGAGGAACACCGUGCGAUUUGGUAACGGGCGAGGAGCGCAAAUUUGCUAACCCGGAUGGCAAACCGUCCGCACACGUGGCUUGCACGGUAGAGAUGACUUCAAUCAAUCAGCCCUAUGAAGUAGCAGUAAUUGAUGAAAUACAGCUUCUUAAGGACGUUGGCCGGGGAUGGGCUUGGACAAGAGCUUUCCUAGGCCUAAUGGCAGAAGAAAUUCACGUGUGCGGUGAACCCGGCACGGCGGAUUUGUUACAGAAGCUGUGUGAAACGACACACGAAUCGCUCGAAGUGCGCAAUUACAAACGUCUCACGCCACUGCACAUCGAAGAUCAAGCACUGCAAACACUGGACAAUGUUCUGCCGGGCGAUUGUAUUGUGUGCUUCAGCAAGAACGAUAUUUAUGCCGUGUCGCGGGAAAUUGAAGCGCGCGGGAAAGAGGUGGCAGUUAUUUAUGGUGGCCUGCCACCUGGGACGAAGCUAGCACAGGCGGCUAAAUUUAACGAUCCCAACAAUAGCUGCAAGGUACUGGUAGCAACGGAUGCGAUCGGUAUGGGCCUGAACCUAAGCAUACGGCGUGUAAUAUUCUACUCGAUGAUCAAACCGACCAUGAACCAGAAGGGUGAAAAAGAGAUGGACACAAUAUCCGUUUCGGCGGCACUUCAGAUCGCGGGUCGAGCCGGUCGGUACGGCAUGAAGUGGGAGGAGGGUUACGUGACGACAUUCAAGGCGGAAGAUUUACCAACACUCAAAGGUAUACUGGCACAAACACCGGAUCCUCUGUCGCAAGCUGGUCUGCAUCCGACUGCAGACAUGAUCGAGCUGUACGCUUACCACCUACCAAACGCGACCCUCAGCAACUUGAUGGAGAUUUUCGUGUCCCUCAGCACGGUAGACGAUUCGCUUUACUUUAUGUGCAACACCGAGGAUUUUAAGUUCCUGGCCGAAACAAUUCAACACGUACCGCUUCCACUGAGGGCACGGUACAUUUUCUGCUGUGCCCCAAUCAACCGCAACAUGCCCUUUGUCUGCUCAAUGUUCCUUAAGUACGCACGACGGUACAGCCGCAACGAACCCGUUACGUUUGAUUGGUUGUGCAAUCAGUGUGGUUGGCCGUUCCAGCUACCUCGCACCAUUAUCGAUCUCGUACACCUAGAGGCCGUGUUCGAUGUGUUGGAUCUGUACCUGUGGUUAAGCUACCGCUUUCCGGACCUCUUUCCCGACGAGAAGCUGGUGCGCGACAUUCAGCGCGAGCUGGACGAUAUCAUUCAGCAGGGUGUGUUUCAAAUAACGAAACUGUUGAAAAAUUCCGAAACAGCCGUCUCCACCAACACACCGGACGAGGACUCGUUCGUGAUGCGGCAGAAGAAGAGCAAGUACUAUCGGGAAGCGGGUACCGGGACGGGUGGAACGCGCGGCAGACUAACGGAGCGGUUGCUGGCGCAGGGCCUGCUAACACCAGCCAUGUUGCAAGAGUUGAAGCAAGAAUGGGAUCAACAGGCGAAGCGCACGGGCAAGGGCGCAUCGGAGGACAACGAGGACGAUCCGUUCGAUGGUGGCAAGAAGGGUCCGGGACGGCGAAAAGCGACACGUGGCAAGGGAAAGUAAAAUAUCGCACAAGGCCAGG